AUGCGCGCUGUGCGGGCGCUGAGCAGAGCCCUGAAUAGGGCAUCACUGGCGACCAGAGGCUGCGCGCAAUUAGCCAAAGCGGCGGAUUCUCAGUCCCAGCCCAGCUUCGGUUUGCUGAUCGACAUUGACGGGGUGCUAGUGAGGGGGAAGACCCCUAUCCCAGCUGCCAGGAAAGCUUUCCGUAAACUGCUGGACUCCCGGGGAGAGCUGUUGGUGCCCCUCGUGUUCGUCACCAACAAUGGUAGCACCUUCCGCCAAACCAAGGCCGACCAGCUGACACACAUCCUGGGGGUCCCGAUCUCGCCGGAGCAGGUGAUGCUUUCUCACAGCCCGCUGAGGAUGCUUAACCAAUACCAUGACAAACAUGUGCUGGUGUCUGGUCAGGGGCCGGUUGGAGACAUUGCCAAAAGCAUCGGUUUCUCUCGGGCGAUCACGGUGGAGAUGUUGCGGGAAGCCUUCCCGUUGCUGGAUGUGGUGGAUCACAACAGGAGGCCAAAAAUAGCGCCUUUCGCAGAGGUGGACUUCCCCACAAUUGAAGCGGUUGUGCUGUUUGGGGAGCCAGUGCGAUGGGAGACAAAUCUGCAGCUGAUUGUGGACGUGUUGCUGACGGCCGGGAACCCAGGCAAUGCCCCCCCAAGACCCCCGUAUCCCCACAUCCCCCUCCUCGCCUGCAACAUGGACUUGAUGUGGAUGGCGGAGGCCAAAACCCCCAGGUUUGGCCACGGAACCUUCAUGGUUUGCCUCGAGAGCAUCUACAAGAAGAUCACAGGCCGUGAGCUGAAGUAUGAGGCGUUGCUGGGCAAACCCAGCGAGACCACCUACCACUACGCAGAGUGCCUGCUCCGAGCACAGGCAGCCUCCAGAGGCUGGCAGCGGCCACUUCACACGCUCUACGCCAUCGGGGACAACCUGAUGACUGACGUGUACGGCGCUAACCUAUACAACCGCUACCUCAGGGAGGAGGGCUCGAGGCCAGGCUGGCGACGACAGGCCAAGGUGGCGGCCGGCAAGGGAGUGAGGGUGUUGGGCCCGCUGGAGCAGCACCAGGAGGUGGACCGGGACGGUGAUGGGCUGGUGCCGGGAGCCGUGUUGCCGGGUUCGGCGCGGUGCAGCUCCGUGCUGGUGUGCACCGGGGUUUACAGCCCUCGCCGCAGCCUGGAGGACAGCCUGACGGAGGCCGCCUGCCACGGACACAGGGACUUCACCUUCGACCCCGCGCUGGUGGAGCCCGAUCACGUGGUGCCGGACAUCGCCGCAGCCGUGGACCUGAUUUACCAGCUCGAGCACUUCACCGGCCAGUGAUGGGGUUUGGCUUCUCUACACACAAUCCUCUUAACGUCUCUUUGCUUCUCUUCCCUCCCCACUCCACUCCGCCCCGCUCCCCUCCCUCCCCUGCCCCGCCGUAGCCUACCUUACCCGCUCCACCGUUGCCCACACGUUUAGGCGGUCAGGCUUUCAGCCUCUCUGCCCCCACCCUCUGGAACUCCACACCCGAAUCCCUUCCGUCUCGCGGCCCUCCCUCGCCUCCUUCAAGGCGCAUCUCAAGACCCUCCUCUUUACCCGCACCUUCGGCCGUCCUUCUACCCCCCACCACCCCACCUGACCCACCAUCCCUCUUGAUUCCAAC